AUGGCAUAUCUGUCCGCAGCACAAUCAGAACUAUCUCCGGCUGCUCCUUCCGCCGCCGUUGGUCACGCCUGGACUGGCAUUUCGUCUGCUUCUAGACCUUCAGGAUCCGGCACCAACACUCCAACCGGCUCCACCUACCUGAUGCCGACAAGUCCUGCCAAGAAUUCCCUUGCCGCCAAAGAUGGCAUGAAACCGAAGAUCUCAAAGACUUCGGGUCAGAAGCCGGCUUGCCUGGUGAAUGCUUCAGUGACCUACUGUGGAAAUGACCAGAUCUACGCCUUUGGGGGCUUCGACCAGUUUACCGACGAAGUCUACAAUCACGUGCUGAGGCUGAACCUGAAGACGCUAACCUGGACGCUAGUGGACAACUACGGAGACAUCCCGGGGGUCCGCAUGGGACAUUCGGCCUCGCUCUAUGAAGGUGACAAGCUUCUGGUCUAUGGUGGAGAGAACGAGCACCGUGAGUAUCUGUCAGAUGUCGUCAUCUUGAACCUAAAGGACCAUCAUUGGACUCAGCCCGACAUCCAAGGACCCAUUCCCAAGGGUCGCGCGAGGCACGCUGCCGUGGUCUACGAGGACAAACUGUUCAUUCUUGGUGGGUUGACUGGCGAAGCCAACUACAUCCUCGACGACAUCUGCUACCUCGACCUGAAGACAUGGACAUGGUCGAAGACAUGGAGCUUUGUGCAGAGAUUUGAUCAUAGUGCCUGGAUCUGGGGUGGCCGGCUGUGGGUUUUGGGUGGUCUUGGUGCCGAUAUGGAACGGUCGUCUGAAAUCUGGUGGCUGGACCUCAAAGGAAGCCCAGCGCUUUCAGGUGCUGGCAAACCUUACUCGACGAUGGGCCGUGUACCUGCGACCAGACAAGACCCGUGGUCUCACCAUGGCCGCGCUGACCGCACCGAUACAUACACUGCGAACUCUGGAAGCCUCCAUAUCCGUUCGACUCGCCGGGAGAAACCGACGGCACCAGGAGCGAUAUCGUCGCUCAAGUUCAUAUCGGGGCCGCACGUCCCUUUCCAGUCCUCCGGCAACCAUUUCCAUGUCUGUUCCUCAGGCGCCUUGCUCGACUUUGUCACACCAGCAUCAAAUAUCCGUCACACCGAAUGCAAUCUAUCUUCUCUCGAGCUCGACUCCUUGAGGUGGCAACGGCUGGUGGAAGGCCCCGAGAUCUUCCCACUCGGCUACAAAUGGCAUUACUGCACUAUCAACGAGGAUGGGACCAAAGUCUGGCUGCUCGGAUCUCCUGCCGACGAGUCUCUCGGCAGUAACCAGGAACUGCAACUCAGCGAAAUCCUAGCGGUCGAUCUUAGGACGUACGGUUUGCUAGGCACACAGGACACGACCAUGGCCUCGGAACAGAACCGUAUUCUUGCAUCUGAACGACAAACAGUCCACACUGCGUCCAGUGUGGGCUCAGGACUAGGCGCCGACCUGGCAUCUAUUUUUGACCAGCCCCCAGAAACCAGCAUGAGUGACUUCACCAUCACAGCCAAUGUGGAAUCAAGCGAUGAUGACGACAUCUCAGAGGCUGACUCUCAUCCUCGCUUCUCGCUCAACUCGACUGGCAGCCAAAUGUUUGUGUCGGAAUUAGAAGCCGCCAACAUCUCGCCACCUAUCCACGUGCACAAAAUGAUUCUCCAGGCCCGCUGGCCGCACUUUAAACGACUCUACGCGUCCAAGAUGCUCGAGUUCCAGACCUCACGCCUGCACAUUCCCGAACCGUAUUCCGUGGUGCGCGCGUUUCUGUAUUACCUGUACACGGACAGCAUCGCACCACACCCCGUCUACUGCCGAGAUUUGACGGACGUGGCCGGGAUGCUCGUCAUGGCCAAUCUAUACGACAUGCCGAAACUCCGACUUCUGUGCGUCAACCGGCUGUCGCGCGAGAUAGACAUCGACCACGCCGCAGUGAUCUGGGAGCGCGCAGGGCGGACCGAAGAGGAGUGGCUCAGAGCGCGAGCCGCGAGAUUCUGCCUGAUGAACUGGGGCCGAGUCGUCCGGACUGAGGGGUUUAGGAACCUCAGUCGCAACAGUCUGAUGGAGUUGUGCGAGGUCGUCGACACCGAAGGCCGAGUCGUCGGUGGCGAGGAGCUGGACGAUGGUGCCGACGGAUUCGGGCUGGGAAGCGGGUACCGAUACCGAAGAAGGAGCCAUCGACCCAGCGAAACAGCCGAAGAAACAGAGGGCGACGAGGAGGACGGCAUGGACAUGAACUGA